AUGUACGCAGAUGAUGGAGAUCAAAUGCAAACGAAACAGAAAGUACCAAUUCUUCAUGAUGAUGAUGAUGAUUAUGCACAAUAUCAUUGGAUUAAUAACCACAUAGUUACCACGACGACGACGACAGACUAUUCACCUAUUCCAUUGAAUAUUUCAUCAACUUAUUCAUCAUCUAGUCCAUUGUCAUUAACAGAUCCAAUUAUGCCUACUACUCAUGUCAAAUCGAAUCCUUUCAUGAUGUUAGAUAAUCAACAAAAUACAUUUAUCAGUAAUACAGAAACCUUAAAUACACCUUUUCAUCAGUAUAUAUGGGAUGAAACCGAUGAUUACUCAUCCCUAUACACUUUCAGAUCUUGUUUUUGUGAAUCACAAACUGGACAAUGCUUAAAUAACGAGUAUGACAUUCAAAAUCAUCAAAUCUCAAAUAAUAUCAAUGGAUAUUCUUUUUUAUACAAAACAUGCAGUUGUACAUCAGAUUACCCGUCGAUUUGUGAAACACACUCCUCAAUGGAUAUGGCUGAAAAGAAGUUCAGCAAGAGAACAAAGGACUACUUGACACAACAAUUAUCAAAUGAAAUGAAAGUCCCUAGUUAUCCUGAAUAUAUGAUACCUGAAGAGAACAGUCAGAAUUCGAGCGCAUUUCAAAAAGAUGAGACAGAGUCGAGUCAGUUUGAUAUUUCCUACUACUUAUCAUGUAAUUCUAAUACAAAUAAUUCAUAUAAGGCAACACCUUAUGAAUGGAUACCAGAGAAUCAAGUAACACUGUCAGGCAAUGAGAUAAUAUCAAAAACUCACAAAGAUCACUCUCUAAAUGAUCACGAAAUCCAGUUAUCAAAUCCUAAUGAACCUGGUACAGGAUCUUCAUUUCCUUCUUCCACUACUACGUCAGCAACAUCAAUGUCAUUCUCUAACAGACAUAAUGAUAUUCGACUGUGUAGACAAAAGCUAUCAAAAUCAUUUCAAACGAAGAUGUCCGACAGUAAUUUAUCGGAAACAUCCUCAUCAGUAUUAGAGAAUCAUUGCAGGAAUAUUGAAGGUAACAAUAAUGGAGCUAUAAUGGCGGCUGCAUCUGCUGCCUUAGCUAAUCUACAUCAUAGAGGUUCCCUGCAGUUAUGGCAAUUUUUGAUUGCAUUAUUGGAUGAUAAAGAAAGUCAACAUUUAAUAUGCUGGACAGGUAGAACAUUGGAAUUUAAGCUAAAUGAUCCUGAAGAGGUUGCUCGUUUAUGGGGUAUACAAAAGAAUCGUCCAGCUAUGAACUACGACAAACUGAGUCGAUCAUUACGCUACUAUUAUGAAAAAGGUAUUAUGCAAAAAGUCUCUGGUGAAAGAUACGUCUAUCGAUUUGUUUAUGAACCAGAAUUGCUAUUUUCCUUGGCUUUUCCUGGUGAAGAACAAUCAAAUCAGUUGAUGGUAGUCAGUAGUACAUUGCCGACAACAUCAACAAGAACAACGCCAACAACAACAACAACGCCAACAACAACAAAAAUCAAUACAGAAAGUAAAUUACACAAUCAGGUUAUAAAACCGGUAGAAAAUCACUUGAUGAACAGUCAAAUAGUGAUGAAUACAUCUACUAAGGCUUAUUAUUACUACUACCCUACUCUUUCAGAUUAUUGUAACAGGCAACUACUUAAAGGUAACAGCAAUGAUGAUAAACUUAAUUAUGAAGGGAAAUUUCCUGUGAAGCGUAGAUAUACAGAUUUCACGGAGGUGAACAAGACGAAGUGUAUGAACUCAGCUCUUCAUAAUACUAAUACUAAUACUACUACUAAUGGCCAUAUCGAUAAUAGUAAUAAUAAUAAUAAUAAUUACUAUUAUGUGGAUUCAUCUUAUAUACAUGGGUACGACAAUACUGUGUCGAAUAAUUCAGAUAGCGUACAGAAAAAUAUCAGUAAUGAGAACGGCAUUAUGCCAUAUGAAAUGUCUAAUAAUAAUGAUAAUAAUAAUCAUUGCGGUGAUCCAGAUUUCUUGGUAAUCAGUUCAUCUACGGAUCAAAACAAUCACAUCCCGAUAGAAAAUGAUAACGAUCCCAGCUGUCAUAGAACAGAACAGAAUGCAUUGGAAACAGAUUUCCUGUCCUACACUAAUGAAUCUUUAAUGCACAAUUGCAAUUGGCUUGAAAAUUUCACAGGGCAACAAGAAAAUCAAACGACAACAACAACAACAGAUUUUCAAAGUAAUCAUCACCAAUACUUUACAAAUCAAGUGUAUAAUUUUUCAAGUGAUCCAUACGACGCGGGACAACAUUCCUUGUUACCAACACCAUCUUCUGGCAGAAAUGAUAUUUGGUUAGAUCAAAAAGAGUUUACCUGCCUACCUGAUGAUGAAACACUAAAGCCUGAAGUAUACAGUAGAGAGCAAGAGAGACUGUCCUCGUCAUCCUCACCACCGUCCUCCACCUCCUCGUCAUCGUUCACUUUACUACUAAACGAUCGUAGUGUACUGUCUACGCCGCCACCGAUCACGGUCAAUUUACAAAAUAUUUAUGAAAUGAAUUAUGAGUUGUUAGUGAACAGUGAUAAACUAUCACAUCGUACAUUUUAAAAUUACAACUUACGCAUUAUACCUGUCCUCUUCAUAAAUGAUCAGUAUAUAUAUAUAUAUAUGGUGAAUUAACCACCCCAUUUUCACUUGAAAAAAAGCUAUGAAUCCAUUUUUUAAAUACGGAUCAGUUUUCGGGAUAUUGUCUCCCC